GGCGCCGAUCCGGAUGCCCGAGGCAGGAGGAUGUUUGACCUCCGGAUAAGCGAGGCGACGCCGUGCAUUCAUUCCCGGCUGCAUCGGUGGCGACAACAGCGGUUCGGGCGGCAACUCUCCGGCCAGAGGCGGCGGUAGGAGGCACCAGUAGGAGUGCGGAGACCGAGUCCAAGCCAGAGCCGCGCUCCCUCCUUCCGUCCCUCCCUCGUUCGCUCGCUCGCUCCUUCUUCCCUCGGCCUCGCUCGCUUGCUCGCUCCCUCCCUGCGCGGAUCGCUUUUCCUCCUCCAGCCGCCGGUGACUGUGAUGUGCCGCCACCGCCGCCGCCGCUGACGGACGGACGGACAGACAGAUCUGGGGGCGCCGCCCGUGCCCGGACCGACCUCGCUGCUCGUGGCCGCGCCUCUUGAGCUCACUAUCAAUAUCAACUCACGUCAUUGAAGAGGUAACUUUGAAGACAUGUUUUGCUGAAAAGACAACUGAGAAAAUUUUUACGAAUGGGAUGAACACGCACCAGCUAAUUGACUACCUUCUGCAAUUUGAAUGUUAACAUUGCCCACCUGGUACAGUUACCUAGUGAUGUACCUGUUCUCACAAUACCCUAUUUCAGUGUGCUUGUCUUGAUUAAAGAAUUCAAAGUGGAGUACCGCAAACUUGAUAUGGAUAAUAAAAAGAAAGACAAGGACAAAUCAGAUGAUAGAAUGGCACGACCAAGUGGUCGGUCAGGACAUAAUACUCGAGGAACGGGGUCUUCAUCCUCUGGAGUUUUAAUGGUUGGACCUAAUUUUAGAGUUGGGAAAAAAAUUGGAUGUGGCAAUUUUGGAGAAUUACGAUUAGGGAAAAAUUUAUAUACAAAUGAAUAUGUGGCAAUUAAACUGGAGCCCAUGAAAUCCAGAGCACCACAGCUACAUUUGGAAUACAGAUUCUAUAAACAGUUAGGAUCUGGAGAUGGUAUACCUCAAGUUUACUAUUUUGGCCCUUGUGGUAAAUACAACGCUAUGGUGCUGGAACUGCUUGGACCUAGUUUGGAAGACCUGUUUGACUUGUGUGACAGAACGUUUUCUCUUAAGACAGUUCUUAUGAUAGCUAUCCAAUUGAUUUCUCGCAUGGAGUAUGUCCAUUCAAAGAACUUGAUAUACAGAGAUGUGAAACCUGAGAACUUUUUAAUAGGACGGCCAGGAAACAAAACCCAGCAAGUUAUUCAUAUUAUAGAUUUUGGUUUGGCAAAGGAAUAUAUUGACCCAGAGACAAAGAAACACAUACCAUAUAGAGAACAUAAGAGCCUUACAGGAACAGCAAGAUACAUGAGCAUAAACACACAUUUAGGAAAAGAACAAAGUAGAAGAGAUGACUUAGAAGCUUUAGGCCAUAUGUUCAUGUAUUUUCUGAGGGGCAGUCUUCCUUGGCAAGGUUUAAAGGCUGACACACUGAAAGAAAGGUAUCAGAAAAUUGGAGAUACAAAACGAGCCACACCAAUAGAAGUGUUAUGUGAAAAUUUCCCAGAAGAAAUGGCAACGUAUCUUCGUUAUGUAAGAAGGCUAGAUUUUUUUGAGAAGCCAGAUUAUGAUUACCUAAGGAAGCUUUUUACUGAUUUGUUUGAUCGAAAAGGAUAUAUGUUUGAUUAUGAAUAUGACUGGAUUGGCAAACAGUUGCCUACUCCAGUGGGUGCCGUUCAGCAAGAUCCUGCUCUGUCAUCAAAUAGAGAAGCGCAUCAACAUAGAGAUAAGAUGCAGCAAUCCAAAAAUCAGUCGGCAGACCACAGGGCAGCUUGGGACUCCCAGCAGGCAAAUCCCCACCAUUUGAGAGCUCACCUUGCAGCAGACAGACAUGGUGGCUCGGUACAGGUUGUAAGUUCUACAAAUGGAGAGUUAAACACAGAUGACCCUACCGCAGGACGUUCAAAUGCCCCCAUCACAGCCCCUACAGAAGUAGAAGUGAUGGAUGAAACCAACUGCCAGAAAGUAUUGAACAUGUGGUGCUGCUGUUUUUUCAAACGGAGGAAAAGGAAAACCAUACAACGCCAUAAAUGACUCUGGACACAGACAGACCAUGGGGAGUUACUUACGUGUUCAUCUGCUGUCUUGUGAUUAAAAUCAUCUCUGUAGUGACCACACACAUUUUCAAGGACUCACUCCUAGAAACAAAAAAGUCGUACUUUCAUGCAUACUUCAUUUUGUGGUUGUCUUACAUUCAUUUUUUCUUUUCUUUCUUUCGUUCUUUCUUCUCUCCCCCCCCUUCCCUAAUUUAACUUCUUGGAAGCUUUAAAGUUUUGUCAAAAUAUGAGUGCUUUGCCCAUCAGUGAAUGGAAUAGACCAAUGAGGUGGUACCGAUGAAUACAGUUCUGUAGAACAUUUCUCAGAAGCUCUUCUCCUGUUGUAGCAAGCAGUUCAGUAUCUUACAGUAUCAACCAGUAAUACACCUAGUCUUUUUAUUUUUUUUUUAAAUGACUUCUGUAAGAGCAUACUUAAGCUGGAUUUUUUUUUAAAAUCUAAUGGAUAAUGAAACAGAGAAAACCGAGUUGCCUAUCUAGAAGAAGUUAUUCCUUGAGAAGUUCAUUUUUGUGUGUAUGACAUCUGCGUUGAUUUCAGUAUUAAGUGAUGAUAUUGCUAUUCAUGAGUCACAUUAGCAUUCUCUCUGUGAAAUCAUGGUACAGUCACUGCCCAGAGCUACUGAGGAAAAAGCUUUAUGAAUUUGGCUGAUGGCAGCAGUGAACAAAUCACAGGUUGUGUGGUGAAAACACACUUUGCUUUUGUAGCACCACUCUGAAAUACAAUGUUGCUGAAGUGGCAAAAACCUCUUAGAAGAAAAGGAAAAAGAAAAAAAAAUGCAAAAUGUUUGUAUGACAUAACUUUAUGCUUCCAGGUAAUGAUGUAUGUAAGACGGUAAGAAAUGAAUAAUUUGAAAAAUGAGAUGUUGGAGGGUUUUUGUCUGUCUGUUUUUUAAAGAGAGAAAUACACUAAGGAGGAGAAAUAAAUGUGAAUCUCAUUGUAAUGUCUAAGUUGAAGUCUAUAAGAAGACCCCACGGAAACCUACCAUUAAAUGAUUACAUUUUUCCCCAAGCAGAAAGGUUUGGACACGCCCUGCUAUGGUUUCUGUUUAGCAAUUAUAUGCUCUUUGAUUAAAAAAAAAAAGACAGGAGAGACUCUCCCAGAAGUAAAAACUGGGACACUCGAUUUCCCUCUGUGUACAAUGGUCUCUUCAAGUUUGCUUGUCCUCUGGAAUUUUCCUACUCUUAGGCAUAAUCUGAAGAUGAGAAACUUUUCUGGAGAGGAUGGGUCAGGUGCUUUGCCUCCACUUGUCUUUUGAAGUGCCUGCAUAUGAACAAAGGAACGGUUCUAUGAAAGUGGAAACCCAUUUCACCUUUCAAGUAUGCUUUGCUUUAAGCCAUGCAGACACACUCUUGUCACAUUCUGCUAGCCAGAAUUUUCCGGAAGAGUUAAUGCAAAAAACAAAAGCAAAAAAAAAAAAAAAAAAAAAAGACUGGUUAGAAAGAAAAUUAUGUUGUUCAAAUCUCAUAUUCACCUUUCAUUUGUAAAAUUCUUAUUACUCCUUUCAUGCAGUCCCUUCUUUUUGUCUUUUAAGUGCGUGCCCCCAGGCAUGCUUAUUUAUUUUUAUUGUCUCAAGGUAACAUUUAAAAUCUGUAAUUAAAGUAAAUAAAUCUACAUUUUGGACUUCAUUAUUGCAUUUACAGGGAUUUAGUUGUACUUUGUAAUUUAUUUUUUUCUUAUUAGCCAAAAGUUCAAUGCAUUGUUUCUGAUGAAUUAGGCACCCAUAUGAAUACUGCAAAUCAGGACAUUGUCUGUCAUUGUUGCUCUGAAUCCUAAGAAUGAUCUUUUUUCAAGUUCUUGAUUUUUAAAGCCCUACACUCAGCCUAGGAAACAUUUGCUGUAUAAUUUGGCCAGUUGUUUCCAUUCUGUAUCUUUGUAUACUGUCAUCAUGUCUUAAGCUACAAGAGUUACAUACUGAUUUGUUUUAUUUUAUUUUAUUUUUUUUGUUUGUUUGCUUUGAGCAAGGUAGAUGGAUGUUUUGGCCAUUAUAAUAAUGUGAAACCACUUCUUUCUUUACAGUAUUUGACCAAAUUUGUGUCUAUGAUAUUUGUAAAUACAUGCAAUAUCUGUAUUUCUUAUCAUAAGCCUAUUUAGUUUUAUUCUCAGUCAAGUUUUUGGACUGUACAGUGUUUAUAUGAUCUGAACUCCUUAUAUACAUAAGAAGGUGUGUAUAUUAAUCCCACAAUGGACUUAAAAUAUUUUAAAAGUAUAAAUACCCUUAUUUGCUGCAAAGACCAGUGUGUAGACAUUUGCUUUUUAGCAAUAUUUUUUAAGUGCUCCAUUUUAAUGCCAAGGAUUAAGUCCAUUGGCAACACAUACUGGUCAAUAAUAGGUAAUGCAGGUAUGUUCAGGUUAAGCCAACAAUGUUUUGCAUUUUUAUGCUUCUUUUCUGUCAACACUAAUGAAGUCAACAUUGCCUGAAUGUCUGAAUAAUGAAACACAUCCCUGUUUAAAAGUAUGUAACUGAAAAAGAAAUAAAAAAUAAAGGUAGUUUUUUUUAAA